AUGGCGAACCGCGUUUUGUCUUGGAUGACGCUGCUCAACAAACAGUUUGGUCUUCAUUCAGACACUGCUUCAUUAGCUUCACCAGUGUUGCAUCUCAAAGAUGAUGGCAAUCUCGUGUUGCGUGAUCUCCAAGGAACCGUUCUGUGGCAAAGCUUUGAUUUCCCCACCGACACUCUCCUUCCGGGACAACCCCUCACGAGACACACGCAACUCGUGUCUGCAAGAAGCGAGACUAACCAUUCCUCCGGUUUCUACAAGCUCUUCUUCGACGAUGACAACGUUCUUCGUCUUCUCUAUGAUGGCCCUGAUGUUUCCAGCAUUUACUGGCCAUAUCCAUGGUUGGUGAGUUGGGACGCUGGAAGGUCUACUUACAAUAGCAGUAGAUUCGCGGUGUUAGACUCACUCGGAAGAUUCAUUUCAUCAGAUGAUUUUACUUUCACCACUUCUGAUUAUGGCACUAUGAAGCAAAGAAGAUUGAUGGUAACGUUAGAGUGUAUGCACUGCAUGAUGAGUGGUUUGUUUCGUGGCACGCGAGAGCUGACACGUGCAAUAUCCACGGGAUUUGUGGAGCUAACAGUGCGUGUAGUUAUGAUCCUAAACAUGGAAGGAAGUGCUCGUGUCUUCCGGGGGUAUAGAGUGAAGAACCUAGUGAUUGGUCUUAUGGUUGUGAACCUGUCUAUUGUGAGAAUCUGUGCUUAG